ACGUUGAACAAUCCGCGGCUCGAUGUGUCUCUUUAGGACCUGCAUUGCAACGAAGUUUACAGUGAUACAAAUAGUUUUAUUGAUAUAGAGCUGCUUUAUUGAUAUGGUGCUGUUUAUGAGUUAUAUGAAUGGCUUUAAUAUUUUAGAUAGCUCAAAUUUAGUCGGUUGGCAUUGAAACUAGUAUGUCGGAGAGAAUCGACGUCCUGAAUGAAAACACAGCCAGCGGCUAAUAGUCUGUUUUUGCCGUUAAAUUUUGAAUUUUUGAGUCUGAGACACGUGCGAUAAAGAUAAAACAUUACCGUCACAGUCAGGCUGCUCUUUAUAUACGUUUUUGUAUAAAUAGUACGGUUGGCACUGUAUUGCUAUAUGUAUUUUGAUAUUGUUUGCUACAAGUAAUAGUGUAAUACAAGAUAUUAUUACACCUUUUCAUUCUUUCUUUUUUAACUCAUCUGCCGAGUCGAGCAGGAAUCCAGAAGUUCUCUCUGGCUCGCCCCCAAAUCUCGAAGCUGUCCUAUGGUUAUAACUUCAACAUGAACGCUGGAAAAGGUGGAUACAGAGUCUUCUCAGCUAAUUCAAACCCAGCAUGCACUGAACUGGCUAGGAAGAUCACCGAGCGACUUGGUGUAGAGUUGGGCAAAUCAGUGGUGUAUCAAGAGGCAAACACAGAGACCAGAGUGGAGGUGAAGGAGUCCGUGAGAGGACAGGACAUCUUCAUCAUUCAGACCAUGCACAGAGACGUGAACACAGCGAUCAUGGAGCUGCUGGUGAUGGCGUAUGCAUUGAAGACAUCCUGCGCUAAGAACAUCAUUGGUGUCAUUCCGUAUUUCCCCUACAGCAAGCAGUGCAAGAUGAGGAAGAGAGGAUCUAUUGUCUGCAAGCUGCUGGCAUCCAUGCUGGCUAAAGCAGGACUUACUCACAUCAUUACUAUGGAUCUGCACCAGAAAGAGAUCCAAGGCUUCUUUAACUUUCCUGUGGACAACUUGCGCGCUUCACCCUUCUUGCUGCAGUACAUCCAAGAGAUUCCUGACUUCAGAAAUGCUGUUAUUGUGGCAAAGUCCCCCUCGGCUGCUAAGAGAGCUCAGUCAUACGCAGAACGCCUGAGGCUCGGUUUGGCCGUAAUUCAUGGUGAAGCUCAGGCUGAGUCCGAUUUGGCCGACGGUCGUCAAUCUCCUCCUGCAUUCAAACCUUUGUGUGGGCCUUCAGGUCUUGAGCUGCCCUUGAUGAUGGCCAAGGAAAAACCUCCCAUUACUGUAGUUGGAGAUGUUGGGGGUCGAAUUGCCAUAAUUAUUGAUGACAUUAUUGAUGAUGUUGGAGAAUUUGUAGCAGCUGCUGAAGGUCUGAAGGAAAGAGGAGCAUAUAAGAUCUAUGUCAUGGCCACUCAUGGCUUGCUUUCGGCUGAUGCUCCACGCCUCAUAGAGGACUCUGUCAUUGAUGAGGUGGUCGUGACCAACACCAUCCCUCAUGAGGUCCAAAAGCUUCAGUGUCCCAAGAUUAAGACGGUGGAUGUCAGUAUGAUUCUAGCCGAGGCCAUUCGACGCAUCCAUAACGGGGAGUCCAUGGCCUACCUUUUCCGAAACAUCACUGUGGACGACUAGUAAAACGUCAUUGUCGCUUUGUCUUUAGGCUGAUUAGGACCAGUCUGACACCUUUUCCUGUGGUGGUUGGCAUUUUUAUGGUGGUUUUGGGCCUGUUUUUUAAGCAUGGGAAUCUUAAGAUCCUUGUUGAUGAGAACUCAUGCUUGUAAUCCCAAUAGAAAACAGCUCAAAUAUAAAAUUAAAAACAAUCUUGGCAUGCCGGAUAGUGGUCUUGAUAAAAGCAGCUCAAAAUAAUGCAUCAUUUCUUUUUGUUUAGGAGAAUGACCUUGCAGUGUUAUACACAUUAGAGAACAUGAAACAUCUGCAUGUGUUCUGUUUGUUUUCAAAGAGGAAUAUACACACUUGCGACAACACUAAGUUACUACACACUGCCUCUAGCAGUAUUCAGUUUCCUUUUGUCUGUCUGACAUUGUAUAAAAAAGUGGACCAAUAAAGAAAACUGACAAAUAUGUUCUGCAUUUGCUUUGUAAUGUGACCACCAACUUAAAGGUGACAGAUUUGACCUCUACUGACACAUUAGCUAAUUUGCUUGCUGAUAUACUCACUGCAAAUGUGUGACCCACCCCCACUUAUGGUAUGUUUAAGGUAAUAAUCUUGGCCAAUGUUAAUGUUUAAGGUAAUAAUCUUGGCCAGCGCAUGUUAUUAAGUUUAUCAAAGAGAUCCUUUUAACCUGACAAGACUGGUCUGUCUGUGCAUGAUUUUGCCUACAAAGAUCAUAUCUUGCCUUACAAGAAGGCACUUAAGAACGCCAAGACUGACCUCUACACCACUGUCAUUAAUCGGUUAGGGUGAUUGUAGAGCUCUUUUCUCCACUGUUAAUAAACUGCUGCAAUCUGCUA